AUGGCCGACACCAGUGACCGCUAUCAUGUUCGCUCGAUUAGCAUGCCCUCUCGAUCCCAUCCUACUGCUCCUGGCAUUGAAGAAGAGCAGAGAGGGCUUAGAGCCUUGGAGUCUUUGUCAACAGCGCAAGAAUCAUCACUGAAGGCAGAGGCAAUCUGUGUUGCAUUGUUUGGGCAGGUUGAGUUGUAUAAAUGUGUGGAGAGUUUUCUUCAGACGCCACAAACACAACAGACACUGGCUCACCAUCAAGCAGAUGGAUGGGGGGACGAGUUGAUAGAGGGAUCGGUCACCUUAUUGGAUAUAGGUAGCUCUGCAAGGGACAUCUUGUUUCAAAUGAAGGAGAAUGUCCAAGAUCUUCAAUCCUCACUUCGAAGAAGAAAUUCUGGGGGGGUGUUGAAAAACAAGGUUAAAACAUACUUUUCCCUCAAGAAAAGAGUGAAGAAGGAUGUCAACCGUUGCCUCAAAAUGUUGAAACGACUGAAAGAGAAGUGUGUAGCCCGUCUUCUCUUAGAUCUUGAUAAUAACUCAGCAAUAGUGGUUAAGGUCUUAAGGGAAGUAAACAGUGUCGCAAUUUCUAUCUUCCGGGCUCUCUUGUCAUUCUUGUCCACACCAGUGUCAAAGCCAAAGGUCGGUAGAUGGCAUUUGGUGUCAAAGCUGAUGCACAGAGGAGUAGUAGCUUGUGACAGCCAUGAGGAGAGCAUGAAUGAGGUGGAAUCUGUUGAUGUUUCACUCUUGGCCCUGUUUCGCUGCAAUUCAAGCAAAGAUGUUGAGGUUGAGAGUUCACAAAUGGCACAGAAAAGGUUGAAGGAUCUGGAGGUUAGACUUGAAAGCCUUGAAGAAGGAUUGGACUUCUUUUAUAGACGUCUGAUAGAGACUAGAGUUUCUUUGCUUAACAUCCUCACCCACUAG